UAGAGGUGCAGUAUAGUAGGACACGCGGGUAGUCGACUCGCAACGAGCACACAGAGCGCCCGUAGCUACAGUUCCGUAGGGCAUCGUGGAAACUCUGCUCCCGCGCUUUUCAAAUUUCGAAUUUUUCAGUGAUUUGUUUUUUUUUUACUCGGCCAGUGAUAUUGAUUGGUGUUUUUUGAUCAGCUAGCGGACUGUUUAUAUUAUAUUAACUUUGUUGGUAUCAGAGUACGGGGGCGGAGCGCGCGUAGUGUGGGCGAUGUCGGCGGGUGACAGGGAGACGGAGGCGCAGGCCAAGAAGGACGAGGGCUCCGGCAGCGAGCGGGACACGCGCGCCGCCGCCGCCCUCAAGCGCAACUGGUGCGUGGGCCUGCGAGUCGUCGAGCUGGUGCUGGCAGUGAUCGCCAUCGGGCUGAUAAUCAGCGCGCUGUACUGGCCACAGGUCGUCAGCAGCGACCACAGACACAUCGCUCUUAUCUACUCCACGUAUUCCAGUUUUAUAAUAAUAACUGGGGUGCUGAUUAUAAGCCGCCUGUUCGGCGAGUCGGCGGGCUGGCGGACGUCCCUCGCCUUCUCCAUCAUCGGAGUGAUCAUGUUCACCGCCGCGGCUGCUGUCAUAUUUUAUGAUUGGCACAGGUCGUACUACGCAAACGUUCGACCAAAUAAAGCCGCGUACGAUCUGCUCAUAUCGUCGGGCGUGUUCGCCAUCAUCGACGCAGCUGUAUUCCUCGUACACGCUUUCCUCACCUUUAGGAAGGAGGCAGAUUAUUAAAACCACGCGUAAUGACACAGAUAAUACAAUAUUUAUUAUCACGUUAUAAAAUUUGCACAGAUUAUGCAUAGGCAUUAUAGUUAAAUUAAGAUUUAUUAAGUUACAACAUUUAUCACUUUUUGAUUACUCCAAAGUAUGAAUUGUAAGCGUUAUAAUAUAUUAUAUUUAUAGUUUAGGUUAGAUAGUUGUAAAGUAUGUAAAUAAGAUAAAAUGUUGUCCUGGAGAGUAGCUUUUGUAUAGUAUUAUUCAAAAUAAUUGUCCCAAGAGCAGCUACAUUUUUCGGCCGAAGUGCAAGAAACUUAGAUAUUAAUGCACCCUUUAUUUUAUGUUUAAUUUUCAACUACUGGAACAUUCCCGUGUACUAUACUCUAGUGUUAGUCUUUAUUUUUAGCCCUUACGAAUAAAACCACCGCCAAUUCUUUUUACUUUAAAUGUAGUUUAAAUGCACGUUAAGUAAUGUAAAUUUAAGAUAACAUUAAACAUAUUUAUAAUUUAAUAAGUUGAAGGUUUAUUUAAGUUUAUAAAUGGAAAUAGGGAAACCAAAGCAGUAAUCAGUAUCCGUCCAGUGGUAGAUAAGUUUUGUUUAUAUUGUCUAUGGUAUCUAUCCUCCAAAACAUUUAACGAAGAAAAGACACAUUAAAACGAAUUAAGAACCUCCCAAGUUUUUGCGAACUUUAAUAUAUGAUUAGGAACAUGUUUAUGUUUUAUUUACAAAAAAAAAGAAAUUCGAAAAAUAAGCAAUUAAAUGUUUUGGGCUCUUUAUCUAUUGCACUUCUGUUCUCUAUGAAAUUACUUAUAGACCAUAGAUUUAUUGAUGAGUAUUGCCGCGCUUUUUAUUAACAUUUAUUUUUUCAACUAACAUGAUAUCAAUAUUAUAACGAGAUUUUAUUAUAAUUAAUAGAGUAAGUUUAUUUUAAUAGCAAUGAUAAGUUUGGCUUUUGCGAUUGAUGUAACAUAUUUAUUAUAUUCGGCGCUAAUGUUACCUUAUCUGCAGUAAUAUACGGAAGGUACUCGCGUAACAUAGAUUAGUUAUUACUAUUUAUUAAAUAAAUAAUAUAUA